AAUACAUUGUUUACAUUAGGUUUUGAGUUUACCAUUUUUGCAUUCAAAAUUCUUGAUCCUAGCUUUCAUUAUUUUUAAUGAAGAAUACUAUCUAAGUUAUAUACUCUAGUCUGGAUUAACGAAAUGUAUUGUGUUUAGAAUUCACACUAUAUUAGUAGAAGAUGAAGUGCCUGCUAGUAGUUAACCAGCUUAAUGACCCAUUUUAUAUUGAUUAUGACGUAGAUUUCGCAGAAUACAUCAUUCGACGAGCACAAGAUAAAGGUUUACUUGAGGUAUGAAUAGUCAAAGUUUAGGUUGGAGUCGUAGAGCAAAGUUUUGCACAUGGGCGUUCUCGCCCCAUUAAUUGGGGCACAGCUAGAGGGUAAACCAGGAAUAGGAGCUAGACCACAUCCUAAAAAAAGGGGGAGGGGCGGACAAUUAUUGCAAUAGUCAAUUCAAUAGUAAUAAUAAUACUAGUACUAGUUAUAGUAAUAAUAUCAAUAAACAUUAAAUACCUUUACAAUAGUGUAAUGACUAUAGACUAUAGUACGUUUAAGUAAAUUUUUUUGUUAAUUUGGAGAGAUAGCACCCUGACGUCAUUUGCGUGUUUUGUCCCUGGUUCCGAUAGGGUCAAAACCCUGGUUCCGAUAGGGUCAAAACCAAGGUUAGGGAUAAUUUUUGGGUUCAGGUUAGGUUUAGGGAUACAUUUAGGACAUAAGUUUGUGGGUUGCGGCAACCAAGAUGGCGGCCAUGGUGCUAUCCCUCCAAAUUUCCCAAUUUAUUUUAACAAAAUGUUUUCUGGAUGUUCCCUUGUAGAAAGAAUAAAUGAGAUUUGAAAUUAAUAUUGACAGUUCAACAGAUGUGGUCAAUUGUUAAUCACAGGAUAGUUUCAUACUAAUCAUAUAUUUUUUAAAAAAAAUCUUGUUUUCCAGAAUAAUUUUUUUUUAAAAAGUGCCCAUGAUUGAUUUCAAGCUCUUGUCAUCAAUUUUUCCAACCUUUUAUUAUAGUAGAAUGGGGUGCAUGCUAUAUAAUUUAUAUUUCUACUCACUCUGCUAGAGUGGGUGGGGGAUUGAACUAUCAUUGCCCCAGCCCGGUGGGUGGUUAAGAGGUUGAAACUGGAAAAAACUUAAAUAUUCAAAAAUUGCUAUAUUUUAAUAGGAAUAUUCUUUCAGUAAUUCUCUGGUAAAUGUUUGACCGAGCAAAAUUAUAUCCUAAAAAGAUGGACUGAAUACUGCUCAGAGCUGUGUAAUGAAAAUAUAAAGAUAGACCCAGAGAUCCUUAAUGUCCCUCCAGCAACCGACAAUGGAAACUACCCUAUUCUCUGUGCAGAAGUAGAAGCAGAAGUCCAAGCACUCCAAGUAGAAAGGCCGCAGCAGUGGAUAAUAUCCCUGCCAAGUUGGUGAAACAAGGAGGAGAAGCAAUGAUAAGUGCCCUAAUCAAUAUUUGUCACAAAAUAUGGCUGACGGGAAUGGCCCAAAUCAUGUACCCAAUUGCUCAUCAUCACCCUCCCCAAGAAAGGUAACCUACAGCUAUGCCAAAAAUAUUGCAUCAUUAGCAUAAUAAGCCACCCAGGCAAGGUCAUGCUAAAGGUCAUAUUGAACCGACUAAAACCAUAUGCCGACAAAAUCAUUUCUGAAGAACAGGCGGGCUUCAGGCAAGGAUGUGACACUACUGAGCAGAUCCUAAACCUCAGAAUACUAUGUGAGAAAUGUGCUCAACACCAACAAAACCUAUACCACGUCUUUGUGGAUUUCAAGAAGGCAUUCGACAGGGUUUGGCAUGCUGCUUGAUGGGCCACCAUGAAGCACUACAACAUCAACACAAAUCUAACCAGAAUUAUAUGCAGCCUCUAUGAUAAGGCCACCAGUGCAGUCUUCUUCAACAAUAACAUUGGAGAAUCGUUCAAGACCAUGGUUGGAGUAUGACAAGGCUGCUUGCUCUCCCCCACUCUGCUCAACAUCUUCUUAGAGAGAAUUAUGUCGGAUUUUCUGGAAGCAUAUGUAGGGACAGUCAGCAUUAGUGGCAGAACAAUUACCAACCUACGUUUUGUGGAUGACAUAGAUGAACUGGCUGGAAACGAAGAAGAGCUAGCCAACCUAGUAAAGCGUCUCGACAAGACUUCAUCGUCCUUUGGCAUUCAAAUGAGUGCAGAAAAAACAAAAUUGUUGACGAAUAACACCACCGGCAUCUCGACUGAAAUUAAGGUCGGUGAGGAAAGAUUAGAGACAGUAGGCAGCUUCAAGUACCUAGGAGCAAUAGUCUCGGAAGAAGACUCCAAGCCCGAAUUGAUGUCCAGGAUUGCCCAGACCACAACAGCACCAAAAAGGCUUAAGAAAAUAUCAAAUGACAAAAAUAUAGCCCCCAGCACCAAAAUCGGGCUGAUGUGCUCAUUAGUCCUCUUCAUUUUCUUGUAUGCCUGUGAGUUCUGGACAUUAACAGCAUAACUUGAAAGAAAAAUAAAGGCGGUGGAGAUGAGAUGUUUCAGAAGCAUUCUUGGAAUCUGCUAUAGAGACCAUAUCUCUAGCGAACAAGUGAAAGAAAGGAUUCGUCAAGCAAUUGGGCAAUAUGAUAACCUCCUGGAGACUUUAAGAAAAGCACAAACUGGAAUGGUAUGGCCACUUGACAAGAAAACAAGGGCUCCCCAAAGAAAUCAUGCAGGGCAAAACGAGAGGAGGGAGAAGAAGAGGAAGACAGAGAAAAAGAUGGAAAAAUAACAUCAAAGAGUGGACGGGACUACAACUAGGCGAUGCUAUGCGAAUUGCAGAAAACAGAGAGGAAUGGAAGAGGAUAAUUUUCAUGUCAUCUGUGGCACCCCAACGGUCCAAGGACUAAGGGACAUGAUGAUGAUGAAUUCUCUGUCACACCAAAUUUAUUUGAAAAAACGUACACUGACUGCUCUCAAAAAGACUGCUGUCAAAAACACAGAUACAUUUGGCAUACCGUCUACACAGGAAAGAGUAUGAGUCUGAGAUUAAGUUAGUUGGCCCCUAUGUCAUUUAAAUUAUAUAAUAACAUUUGCACUUACAGUGUUACAGGAUUGUGUUUCGUUGUAUUCUUUUAAGCAUUUGAAAAUUACUAAGGAAAUUUGAUGUGCAUCUUUGUUUACAGCAUGAUGCUGACAUUACCAAAUUGGAUGCUAAUUUAGUGAUGCAGUUGUUUUCUCCAUUGAUUAAUUCACAAAGGCUACUUAUUGAUAGGACCAAAGAGCCAUGUUCCUCAAUUGUUUGUCCUAAUGGGUUUCGUUUUGUUUUCAAACAUGUAAGUAUGCAAGUCAAAUUUUUAAACAAAUUAAAGUUUAUAGACUAUAGUUUUCACCAUUGUUUUUAACAUAAUCAUAUUUAGUAUUAAAGUAAAGGAAAAAUACAAAUUCAGUUAAUUGAAUUUCAACCAUCGCAUUAGCUCUUCAUUUAUUUAGGAGAAAAAUCCCUGUCUUGCUUUUUUAAUAGAUUGAUUUCAUACAUAAAUUUGUCAAUGAUUCUGUAGCAGUUGUUUGUUUUCCCUUGUUGGGUUGCUGGUCCAACACAGAAACCAUACAAAGCAUGUAGUCUAUGGACCAUUUAGUCUGGCCCUCUUGCCAGUAUACCCCUCCACCAUGUCAAGGUAGAUUCUUGAAAUUUGAAAAGAAGGUGGAGAUGGAUAGGUUAUACCAUAAGUAUACCAAUGCCAAAUAUAUCUAGGCAAACACUGGUAUGGAACCCUUAAUGACCAAGAGUAUGGGUAGAACUUAGAACACUUGGUGAAAAGAGAUUGGCAAGGAUGUACUUAAGAUUGGAAUGAGUUAGAGAAGUUUGCUUAGACCAGAAGGCAUGAAAAGAUAUUGUUAAUACCCUAUGCUUCACUGGGAGUUAAAAAAAUGGAAAGAAGAAGAAGACAGGUACAUAAAUAAACACACCUCAUUGCAAUAGUGGAAACCUUUUUCUCAAAUGUUUACUUUGCAACGAUUUUAUAUCUUUAAAUUAAUUGAUUAAAUGGUACUUUUUUAAAAAUAUUUUUCUAAUAGAUGCUUCAAACCAUUUUUAGAGCAAUAAACUUGACUAAAAAUAUUAAAGCUUAAAGAAUUUACCUUUUUUCAAUAAGUUAGAAAAUACAGCUUAUCAAAUGGUCAAAACAAAAGAGCACAUUAUAUAACAUGGAAAAAUGUUGUGAACAUUGACUAAGGAAAGAAGGGAGCUAAUUAUAAAUUUUUUUAAAAUGUUGAUUUUUAAGUUGAUCUGAUGUGUCAAAUUUGUGUGUUCACCAACUUAUCCAUGUCCAUGAGCAGUUUCCUUUUAUAUACGAAGUUGCGCUUUUGUUCCAGCAAUUUUUAUGUAAAGACUUUGUUUUACUUUGUGAGCUUUACCAUAAUCUGACACUUGUCAUUACUUACCACCGGCAAUCAACAUAAAUAUUAAAAUAUUACUUUCUAAGAUGGAGGAUCUUCUUAUUGUCACAAUUAAUGGUGAUGGUACUGAAUCGGAAGUGUUUCUGAAUCGAAAGAUAGAAGUUUUCAUAAUGGUGAUGAGAUUCAUGUUUGGUCCAGUGUGUGAAGAGUAAGUAAUUUUUUACAUUUGUGAAGUGGCAUGUAUUUGGUAUAGUUUUUGCCCAAGUCAAAAUUAGGCCCACAGAAAGCUCUCCUUAAUAACACAUUUUCCACACGUUAAGAAGCGCAAAACAUCCUAUAAAGCCUAUUUCUCAUGUAAAAAAAUCAAGGGUUUAUUUGUACUUGCAAAAGUUGUGACCAUUCUUAUAAACAGAAGCAAUAUUUGCUUAUUCAUUUUUACAAACAUUUUGAUGGAUUAUCAAAAGAAUAAUUGUAUCUUAAUAAUAAAUAUAAUAUAUUUUACUCAGACACACUCCCAGAAAAAAUACUUACAUUGUCUCUUGGAGAUAGACACAACAGAAAAUAAGUAAAAUAAAAAGGAAGCAUUUUAGCUUAGUUGCCUGUCUCAUGAAUAGAGGAGUUAGAAGCCCAACAGCAAUUAGCUUAAAUUGCCAUAAAAAACAUUUUUUACUAUUGAUUGGUCAAAAGGGACUUUACUUCUACAGAAUGGGUCAGUCUCAUUCCUACAGUAAGAAGGCUAAAUGGAAUUUUCUUCGACAACUUAUGAACAAUUGGGCUAAUAUGGUUGAAUCAGAGCAAGGAUUUUUGGUUGAGGUAAUUUUAAACUCAUAAAUGAAUGUUAAAAUAUUAAAAUUUUUGUUGCUUCCUUAGUUAAAAAAUGUAUUAAACUGUAUUUUCAUUUUAUAUAAAUUUGCUUGGUACUGCUUAUUAAGCUCUUAUUAUUUUUUUCACAGGCUAUCGAAAGACUACAUGUCAAUCAAGUUGUAAGUGAGAAAUGUGUGGAAAUUCUGGAAAGAUCAGUGAAGCAGAUCCAAGCAGCCAGGGACCAACCUACCCAGCAUGCUAUUUUACUAGUCAACAGCAAACUUUUAGCUCUUUAUUCCAAGUGAGAUUUUUUUAUCUAUUUCCUCAUGUUUCAAUUUUCCACAAUAUACAUGCUACUCACCAAUUAAGAAAUUAAAUGGGAGCAAAGUUUUGCCUAUUCAUUGAAAUGAGCUCCUAUAUUGUCCAUUUACCCAGUUCACAAAACUUUUCACACCUUUCUGUUUCUGGAUCAAUAAAGUAUCUUGAUUCCAUUUAAUAUAGAUUUAAUAUUGACAUGGACUUUGUUAUUGCCUAAUAUUUGACUAACUUUGUAUUCAAAUAAAUAUUAAUUAAAAAAUAAUGAAACACAAAACAGCUUUAUAAUGAUUUAUUUAGUCCCUCAAAUCAUAAGCCAAAAGUUGUAAAAUGUAUUAUAAAAAUAGCAUUUGAUAUUUUUUGUAUUGUCUACCAUCCGCACUGUUUAUAUUUUAUGUUUAGCCGCAGUGCCCAUGAGCUAAGGGCCAAAGAUAUUUUAGCUGUGAUGAUCUUAGCCAGGACAAUGUAUCCUCGUGCAGAUAGAUUGGAAGAUCUUUUUGCAAAACAUUACAUUGGGUCAGUGUCUAGAUCAAGGGCUUCUUCUAGAGAUGACAAUAGUGAUGUUGGGGACGAUGAGGUGAGAGUAAAGAUAUAUUUGAUGGAAGAAUGUUCAGUAGUUUGAGUUGAGAGUACAGAUAUUUUUGAUGGUAGGAUUUGAGUAGUUUGAGUUGAGAGUACAGAUAUAUUUGAUGGGAGGAUUUGAGUAGUUUGAGGUGAGAGUACAGAUAUAUUUGAUGGAAGGAUGUUGGGGAUCAUAAGCUUAAGUACAGAUAAAUUUGAUGGGAAGAUUUUGCUAAUGCCACAUCAAAUAGUGUGCUAACUUGUGGAGUAGAGUGCCUGAAAACCAGAAUGCAUCAAAUAAAAAUUGAGACUUAUUCAGUAUUAUUAAGCAACCUGCUGCUCAUAUAUUUUAUGUUUUUAAGACAUCUCAGGAGUAUUAAAUCAUGUAGAAAAGACAGAAAGCAAAUUUUAAAUAAUUGCUUAACCCAAUUUAUUACAGUACCACAGUGCACCUAAUACCCCUGGUGGCAAAAGAUCAAGAUCACCAUCUGUAAUAUUAGAUGAUCUGAGGCAAGAACGGAUACUCAAUAACUCAUCUUCAAAUAGCCUUCUGUCUCAUGACACCAUUACAAAUCUAAAAGAUUCACCCCACUCAUCCAUACCAGGAUAUGAAGUAAUCAAAGACGCUGGUUCAUCUGAUCAGGAAUCUUCAAGUCAUAGAGAAGAUUCUGAAUCAGGCCCUUCAUUGCUGGAUAUGUACACUGAAAAAUACCCAGAUCAUAUGUUUCAGAAAGUGAGACCUGACAAAAAUAAUUCACAUACAAAGACACAGGCUGGUGACAAAAAAUGUGAUUUAGCAUCUGUCCAAUUAGAUGUUCAGGUUGAUGUUCAUCCUGGGGUUUCACCACAUUUACAAGUUAAUCUUGUAGAAAAAGAAAACUCAAACCACUCUGAGACACAACAUGAGAUAGGUAAACAAAAAAAGUCUGAAAAUAUUACUCAGUCAUAUAGUAUGAUAUAUAUAAUAAUAUAUGAUAAUCAAUUAAUCCUUCACAUUAUACACUUAAAAUUAAUGAAGUACAUGCAAAGUAACUGAUUCAGAAAACAUUCUAAUAUUGUCAGAUUUAAUCCUCAUCUAGUGGAUUUAAGUAAUUGUUAUAUACUUUUAUCAAAGUGUAGUUUGCAGCUGACCCUCUCUCACGUAUCUCAGAUAUUGAUGAGCUGGAAGUCACAGACUAUCGCUCAUUACCAGCAGAUGUAAACAGUAAAAGGUUUAUUGCUUCACAAUUUUCCCUUGAACCUAAUAUUGACAUCUCAACCCCUUCUAGGUCUAGCUCAGGUAAAGCAUUUAUUAACAUUUUAAUGAGGUGUCUUUUUCUGUAGUGAUUGAAUGCUAGCUUAAAAUUUCAAUGUAUUUAUAAAAAUAAAAAAAUAAAAAAGAUAACUAAAAGAAAAACAUUAGAUUUAAAGAUUUCUUGAAACAGUUACUUGCAAAGAUUAGUUUUUCUGAUGUGGAAACCUAUUUUUCCCAUCUUUCUUUAUUUCAUAGUUAUUUCAAAUCUGAGUAAAAGUUACCCAGAGCUUUCAUCUACCAAUGGGCAAGAAUUUCCUUUCACAGGAGUUGUACAAACUCAAGCUUUAGAAGACACAGUUGAUGCAGUUCAAAGAAAUAAAAGAAUAACAGUUAAGUGUCUUAUCUUAGGGUAUUUAGUGGGGGAAAUUAUAAUGCAAUACAUCAGUGAUGGCCUCACUGAAAUACAGAGAGCUAUACGGUUGGGUGUACUAAUACUGAUUGUUAAAAAAAUUAUGGUCUACUGCCUUGAAAUGUGAUCAAUAUUAAAACAAUGUAUUUACGUAUUUUAUGAUUAAAAUAAUGUUCUUAAAAAUUUAGGCAUCAUACUGAAUAAUGAGUUUUUACUAGGCAUGACCUUGAAUACAAAAAAAUGUGUAUAUAAUUUCAUGUUAAAUUAAUAUUAAUAAUUAAAUAAAAAUGUGUAUUAUUUUACUCUUAGCCAGCAAUGAUAGGUUCCUAUUCAAAUUCUGAGCUUCAUCAUCAUCAUCAUGGCCCUACUGCAAGGUCAAGCCAUGCAGUGACUUUCCCUUUACAAGACACCAUUACAGAGCAAGAAAUUGUUAGCAGCAAGCCUAGUUUUAACACAUAUUGGCCACACACAAUUUUCUUGGAGACAUCUGCUUGUCAAUACUCACCUUACAACAUGCACAGUAUCCAGGUUUUACCUGGUGUCACGGUUCUUUUUCUAUCUCAGGUUUGAUUCAGUUAGUUUUCUACAAAGCCUGCUAAAGAGCAUAUCUUUUAACAAUUGCUUUGAAAUGUAUGCCUCUUGAAGUUUCAUCUUCUAAUAUUUUUACAUGUUUCUAUUAUUAGUUUAAGGAAAAUUGAAUCCUUUUUAAUUUUACCUAGGCACCAAGAUAUGCUGUAGCAGAUGCCUUGUUUCAAGUAAUCAAUAGUUUGCAAGAUCUCAUAUAUGAUAGACGUGUUAAGCUGAAUCGCUCUCAAAGUAUUCAUGUUUAUGACAUCAUCAACUCAUUACUCUCCAAGCUGCAUAACAAUUUGAAAAAAUUAAAGGUAUGAUUUUGUUGUUUAAUUUAUUUUUUAGGCAUACUUUUUUUAACACUCACAUUACCAUCACAACAUCUUAAUUUAUCUUUUAAGAUUUGCAAAUACCUUUUAAAAAAUUUCUAGAUUCACUUUGCUGAACUAUUCAUUCAAAAUGUCUUUAAAAGCUAUAUUUUUGUAAAAUAUAUUAGGUGUUUGUCCUCAUUUCCCCCUAUCCAAUAUAUAGGUGCAAGGAAUGAUCACCGAAAUGUUAAUGUUUGUUGGACUAUCACCCUUUGUGAGACAGACCCUUUGACAAACUAUUUUGGGGGUUGCAUCUGUUUGCCUACUGAAUCAGAGCCCCCCCCCCUCGGGCUUAUGUUUAUUCACAAUUAUAUCAUGAGGUUUUUGUUUUUUGAAGGAGUUGCUUGAAAGAAAUCAUGUAUGGCCCAUGUCUUGUAGAAAGAAGAAGAGUUUAGUUUUAAAAAUUCAGUCUGUUUAGUCUACUUCUGUUCACCAAAUAUUGGUUAACUGCCAAUACAUGGCUGUAACUGCCCAGGUGUUAGAAUCCCUGAGAGUCAGUUGUGUGGGGAUGUUCCUUUGUUAUAAAUGAGAAUAGACUAAGAACGUAGAGAUACAAUAAACAAAGGGGUAUAUUUAAGGGCUAGUAGUGUGCAGGUGGUCAGUAGUGCAGGGGGAGAGUGAGUGAGUCGAAUAUCAGUGUAUAGUUGUCUUUAUAGUGUUGCCAGUGAUCCCAUAGGAUAUGUGGUUCUUUGGCUAAGCUUGUUAGUGGAACCAACAUUACCAAUGGAAGAAACUGUUAAAGCAUAAAGAUUAAAGUGUUAGUGUAAUAAAAGUAUCACAACUUAUAAUUGGACUUUGCAUCAAGUGUUCUUAUGUACUGAUGAAAGAGUUUCACAUGUUAUACCCUAUAUAAUGACACCAACACAAUUCUUGACAAUGGCAAGAAGUAUAAAACCUAUAUAACAUUUUUUUAUUGACUAAACUAGAUUAUAUUUUUCAUCAAAUGAAAUAGUGCUCUUGAAACUCUCCUCUUGUUGAUAUUUUAUCACUUUCAAUUCUUUUCAAGGGUAUGGUGAAGACAUUAAGUUUUGACAUUCAUCGCCGGUGGGAGAAAGAAGAUCUAAAACAAAAACUCCUUGAUUAUAUGGAGAAGGAUAUAAGAUUACCUAUUCCAUCAGAGUAAGUUCUUGGUUUGAGAGUAAGUUGUUGGUUUGAUUCUCUGCACUGUAUAGACUUUCUUCUACUUGUACUUACAAGGCAUUUUGCUUGAAAGUUAAAAAAAAAUUAAACAUGGAGAAGUUUAAUUUUCAAAAUAUAUAUUUGAAAAUAGCGGAUAAGCUACCUUUUCAUUGGUUUGUUUUAAAGCGUCGUAAACCUUUUUUUUUUUGUACUGUACGUCAUAUCAAAGAAAAAUAAAUAAUUAAUCAUGGCACGAAUUUCUUAAAUUAUGUUUAAUUUGUGUUUAAUGUUGUUCUUUGAAUAGACUUGAGUCUCCAUUGUUGGAGCUUUACAAGAAACUGAAAGAACUGUUUUCACAUCUGUUUUUGACUCCAAUUCCACACUCUCCACAAUUUUUGGAGUCUUUAUCACAAAUAAAAGUGAGUCAUUCCAAUUUUACUUACAAUUUUUUUUUUUAUUGUAAAAGAAUUUUUGUGAAUGAUCAAUUUGAAAUAGGUUUUUUCUCAAAAUAAUAUUUACAGUUUUAAACAAUUUAUUUUAAUUUUUCUGUGUGCAGUUUGUAUGAUUGUAAAUACUAAUAGAUGUAAAUUAAAUGCACACUGAGCAACCAGCCAUCUACUAAUUUUGAUAAGAUGCUUGUAGAUAAAUUUAUAAAAAAACCUAGUGUUAUGAUGGGCAAAAAUAUUUAUUGUUUAAAAGUAGUCAUAAAUGCAUUUUAUUUAUCUUAGGUGAGCAUGCACAGAGACUUGGUAGACUACAGGGAGUAUCUAAAUGUCAAAGCAGAACGAAACAUCACAAUGCCUUCUUACUUUGAGGAUUAUCCUGGACUCAUACACUUUAUAUUUAUUGAUCGCCACUUCCAUCAGAUGAGUGCUCCAGCUCUCAACAUUUCUCUAAAAGCAGGAGAGAACACAGAUGCUACCAGCUAUCUUAAGGAAAAAGUCAGUUUUAGAACACAGAUGCUACUAGCUAUCUUAAGGAAAAAGUCAGUUUUAUAACACAGAUGCUACCAGCUAUCUUAAGGAAAAAGUCAGUUUUAUUUUUUUAUAAUACCGCUCUAAAAAACUAAAGCACUGGUGGUUGAUUUUUUUUUUUUUUAAAUGUCAUCUUUAGUUUUUAAAAGUUCUAUGCAAGUAUUUUAAAAUGUACAGUGACUGUUUUCAUGUAGUAUUUAUUGUGCUCUUAUCAACAGAUUUGGGUCAUGUAUGAACACAUGAUGUGUAAACUGACUGAAGGUUACACCACUGUUAUGUUGAAAGAAGGGGACUUCUAUUUCUCAUACUUCCUGUGGUUUGAAGAUGAUGCAGUAAGAAAAUAUACAAUACUACUAAUUUAUAUUAUAUUAAUACUACUGAUGCUACUUUGUGUGUGGCCGCCAAAGAUCACAAGCCGACUAGUCCUAAUAAACAGCUCUAAAGUUUUGGAAUUAAAGAUUAAUAAAUAAGAUUGAAAAAAACUGGUAGAUUACAUAGUAAUAUUUGGACACAGAAACAUGAUAAUAAGGUGAAUUAAUUAAAUUUUAAUAGAGUAUAUGGUUUCUAUAAACAUAUUUAAUUUUUGUUUUAUAACGAAGUCUAUAAUUUUUUGUUUAGUAUUUCAAUCUAAAUUUGCUGAAUUUGUUGUGGAUUUUACUCUCAAAUUUUGCUUUUUCAUUUUUAAUUCAGGGUAAUGCCUUGCCUGUGCAGGAGAGUUUUAAACCAUCAACAAGGGCUUCUUACCCAGGUAUUCUAUGUGGAUCAUUUUAUAGGCAAGUAAAAAUGUUAAAUAUAUCAACACAUUUAAUUAAAUUGUUACAGUGUAAAAAUGAUACAUUCAAUAAUUUCCAUUUACAGCAUAAUAAAUAUAAAUUUUUAAAAUAAAAUUGAUGUGAAAGAAAAUGAAGAAAUUCUUUUUUUCCCUUUCUUACUUCAAUCAUCAUAUUGAAUGAAAAAUAUAUUGGUACAUUGUGCUACACAUUUAAUUAAAUGAGGACAAUAUUGUAAUUUUGAUUUCAGAGAAUUGGUUCAUCACUGCUUUCCACACACCUUUCAAGGAUCCAUUCGUUGCUUUGAGAUGUUUCUGAUGCAUCUUGGAGCUGUUCAUCCAGAGUACAUCGCUGGGCAUUGCAAACAGUUGGCUAAGAAAAUGUGGGAGAUGUCAGGAGAAGCUUACAACUCAGUCAGCCUUCUGUAAUUAUUUGUCUAAAUCACAUGUUUAGCUUUACAUCAAUUUGUACUUUUUGGUUAUUUACUUUUUUUUAAAAAAAAAGCAUCAUGCUUGAACUGUACAUACAAUAAUUAUUUCAAAUAAAAACAAAAUGUAUGAGUAGUAUUAUUUAAAAAAUUUAGGAUAAGAGAGAAUCAUGGUUAGAGAAGGCUGUUUGAGAUGUUGAUCCUAAAUAACUCUUUUUGUAACAAUCUUGUAAUUUUUAAUUGUUGAUCAAUUUGAGCUUUCCUAAGCAAACCCUGCAUAUUUGUAUGUUCUUCUCUUAAAAUAUUUCCAGAAUUAAUUAUUUUAAACAGUGUUUGAAAUAUUUAUUUUUAGAUGUUUAGCUUUUAAAACUGAAAAGUUUUUGCUUUGUUAAAAUUAUUCACCAGAUGCAUUCCUUAGUUUUUGCUUUAAAGAAACUUUAAAAAAUAUGUACUGAUUAGGCUGUGACAUUUUCUUUAAAAGGCAUUUAAGUUAAGCUAUUAAAAGUAAAAGUGUAGCGUUUAUUUAACGUAAUGGUCUGAUUAAUACAUACCUUUUUGUUAUCAGUUAAUUUGGUGAACAUAUGUCUAAGUUGUAUUAUUUGUUAUUGGCAAUACAAAUUACAUUAUAUUUAAUUAAAUGUCUGCUGUAUUUAUAUUUUUAAAAUAAAAAUCUUAGUGUGUGUCAUUGUCGUGUCUGUGAAUUUUGUGUAUGUGAGUGUAGUGCAUGUGAUUGUUGAGACUAAAUUUUAGUAUUAUCUUUAUCUGCUGUUGAACAAAUAAGUGACCAUUAUUUUUUUUAGGACAUUAAUUUUUAAAACAAAAUAAGAACUGUUGCUGGGUGUGUUUAUGUAUGUGGGGCUAGGUAGCUUACUGCUCUUCCUUGCAGUUAACUUCCAACCUUCUUUCACCAUAGGACAAGUUAUUUUAUGUCAGUAGUAUUAAGAAGAAGCAAAUUCUAAGAAGCAUUUGACUUGAUAAUAGG